AGCAACGUAAGCCGAAUUUUUGGUGCACAGGGCGAAGAAAGAAAAGAAAGGGAGCUGGUUUUGUGAGCAGUCACAGGAGGAAAAGGGAUCUAAUUAUUUUCUUUGGACUCCGGAGUAGAGAGAGAGAGAGAUGGAUCGCAUUUUGAAGGCAGCGAGGGCUUCCGGCUCCCUUAAUCUCUCCAAUCGUUCCCUCAGGGAGAUACCAAACGAGGUGUAUAAGUACAUGGAUGCUUGUGGCGAGGGGGAAAAUUGGUGGGAGGCUGUGGAGUUGCAAAAACUUAUCGUAGCUCAUAAUAGCAUUGAGGUAUUAAGGGAUGAUCUGAGGAACUUGACAUCCUUGACAGUUCUUAACAUCAGCCACAAUAGACUUACACAAAUCCCGGCUGCUAUUGGAGAGCUCACCGUGCUUAAGAUGCUGGACGUAUCAUUUAACGCGAUAAGUUGUUUGCCAAAUGAGAUUGGUUCACUAACCUCUCUUAUCAAACUUGAUUGUUCAGGCAACCUACUUAAAGAACUUCCAAACGCAAUUGGGGGGUGUGCAGAACUGUCUGAAAUAAAGGUAUCCAACAAUUCUUUGAUGGAGUUGCCUGAGGAGUUAGUUGGUUGUGCAAAAUUAACGAAGCUCGACCUGGAGGGAAACAAGUUGGUUGCAUGGCCAGAAAGUAUUUUCACAUCAUGUAAAUCUCUUGCUGAGCUUAAUGCUUCAAAAAAUGCUCUUGCUAGGAUUCCAGAAAGUUUAGGACUUCUAUCUCGACUUAUUCGUCUUGAUCUACAUCAAAAUAGGAUUUCAUCUUUACCAUCUUCGAUCUCGGGAUGUGCUUCACUAUCGGAACUAUACUUGGGGAACAAUCUAUUGUCUUCAUUACCAGUAGAAAUAGGAGAGUUAUCACUUCUACGGACAUUGGAUCUUCACUCAAAUCAGCUGACGGAGUAUCCUGUGGAGGCAUGCAAGCUGCAUCUCUCAGCUUUGGACUUGUCAAACAACUCUCUGUCUGGAUUACCUCCUCAAAUUGGCAUGAUGACGACUUUGAGGAAGCUUUUAUUGACUGGCAAUCCUCUUCGAAGUCUAAGGAGCAAUUUGGUAUGUGGUCCAACUGCAACACUGUUGAAGUAUCUUCGUGGUCGAAUUUCAGCUGAUGAGAGUGGAAAGAAGAUUGGUGAAGGUCAAGCGGAAGCAUCAGCAUCUGCACAACCCAGUAGUACAGAUGAUCUAGUAGCUACAGCAGCUCGUUUGUCUCUUUCUUCAAAGGAGCUUUCUCUCCAUGAACUAUCAUUGGACCACGUCCCAGAUGUAGUGUUGGAGUCAGUUGAUGUUGUGAAAGUCGAUCUUUCAAAAAAUUUUAUCAAGGAGCUGCCUGAAAAACUUUCAUUUUGCUCUUCAUUACAGGCUUUAAUUUUGUCCUACAACAAGAUCAGUGAGUGGCCUGUACAAGUCCUCUCAUCUUUGUCCAAUCUCACAUGUUUGAAAGUGGAUCAUAAUCCACUGUUUCAGAUUCCACCAGAUGCCUUCAGUAAUCUUUCAAAACUCCAAAUAUUGGAUUUGAGUGGGAUCACAGCUGCAUUGCCAGAAGCAAAUUCACUAUCAAGCAUGUUGCUGUUAGAAGAACUCUACAUGAGAAGAAUGCAGUUGCAGAAAGUUCCCUUAGAUAUAGAGAAUUUGCAUCAUCUUCGGAUUCUGGAUUUAAGUCAAAAUUUACUUGUGUCGGUACCAGAGGGCUUCAAGAACUUGACAUCUCUCACAGAACUGGACCUAUCUGAUAACAAUAUCACCACACUGCCUGCAGAGUUGGGGUUGCUUGAUUCUAGCUUACAAGCAUUAAGACUUGAUGGGAAUCCAUUAAGGAGCAUCCGACGCCCUAUUUUAGAACGGGGGACAAAAGCUGUUCUGAAGUACUUGAGGGAUAAAAUUCCAGCUUGAGCAUGUCUGACUACAGCUACUUCCAGUUGCUAAAUAAAAGGUUGGGUUUAGAUGCUAACCCAGUCAAGGUCAUUAAAAAGUGGAGGGAUUCUUGAAGGUCUGGCUCUAAAGAAGUUCAAAAAGGUUGCCAGCAGUCCAUAAGAGUUUUCGCAAGGUGAGAAUGGUUUAUAAAAAAAUCCAUCUUCUGGAGAAGCUGCUAUGUGAAGUUUCUUAGCCUAUCAGCAACAUGUCCGUGUAACUUAUCUCAUUCUUAUUUGUUGUAAGUUUGCGUUUAAUGCUUCUUUUUUGCUAUUAAAAGUGACCUUGUUAAAGGAAAAAGUAGAAAAAGCACUUGACAUUUUGUCCGAUUAGGAUAUUGAUUCAGAUCUUCAAAACUA